AAUAAAAACAAUCACGUUCAAAAACACACAAUUGAAAGAAACGAUUUCAGUGUUAAUUAACUUCGUUCCGACGAACAAGCUCACGAUCUUCACCCCGAUCGAAACACUCGCAAAUCUUCGGAGGGAGAAGAGGGAGCCAUGUCUCAGAUUCCAAAUUUGGAGAAUGCUCCGAUCAACCUCGCUUCAAUCCGUGCACGAGCUCAGACGGAGCUUGAACAUGUUCUAAAAAAUAUUCGAGGAGACAAGUGCUUGGUAAUUGAUCCGAAGCUUAGUGGCUCACUCUCGCUUGUUGUCCAAAGCUCAGAACUGAAGAAGCACGGUGCUGAGCUGCGGCAUUUAACAGCUGAACCAAUUCAAACGGAACGCACUAAAGUGGUCUACCUUGUUCAAGGGGAACUUAACUUGAUGAAAUUCAUUUGCUCACACAUUCACAAUGACACUUCAAAGGGGCUUCACAGAGAAUAUCACCUUUACUUUGUUCCACGUCGAUUAGUUGCGUGUGAGAAGAUACUUGAGGAGGAAAAAGUACAUGAUCUGUUGAACAUUGGGGAGUUUCCAUUAUACUUGAUUCCACUGGAUGAGGAUGUAUUAUCUUUUGAACUUGAUCUUGCUCAGAAAGAGUAUAUGGUAGAUGGAGAUGCAACUUCCCUUUGGCAUAUUGCCAAAGGCAUCCACAAUCUGGAGUUCUCUUUUGGUGUAAUACCAAAUGUCAGAGCCAAAGGAAAAGCAGCAGCACGUAUUGCUGACAUUAUGAAUCGCAUGCAAGCUGAAGAACCUGUCAAUAUGUCAGAUAUGGGCAUUCCGGAAAUAAAUACACUUAUACUUCUAGACAGAGAGGUUGACAUGGUCACUCCAAUGUGUUCUCAAUUGACUUACGAGGGAUUACUAGAUGAGUUUCUUUGUAUCAAUAAUGGUGCUGUGGAGCUUGAUUCAUCCAUCAUGGGAGUUCAGCAAGAAGGGAAGAAGAUAAAAGUUCCUCUUAAUUCUAGUGACAAAUUAUUCAAGGAGAUAAGGGACAUGAACUUCGAAGUUGUUGUCCAGGUUCUUCGUCAAAAAGCAACAUCCAUGAAGCAAGACUACACAGACAUUUCAACUACUACUCAGACUGUCUCGGAAUUGAAGGAUUUUGUAAAGAAGCUUAACUCCUUGCCAGAAAUGACGAGGCAUAUAAAUCUUGCUCAGCAUUUAUCAACAUUUACGUCAAAACCAUCAUUCCUUGGGAAACUUGAUAUGGAACAAACCCUUGUGGAGUCUCAGAGCUAUGACAUAUGCUUUGAUUACAUUGAAGAAAUGAUUCACAAGCAGGAGCCUCUUGUCAAUGUCCUCCGUCUGCUAAUUGUAUUUUCAGUAACAAAUUCUGGAUUACCAAAAAAGAAUUUUGAUUAUUUGAGGAGAGAGUUCUUACACAGCUAUGGUUUUGAGCAUAUCGCCACACUGAAUAACUUGGAAAAAGCUGGAUUGUUUAAGAAACAGGAUUCAAAGAGUAAUUGGUUGACUGUCAAGCGUGCUUUGCAACUUGUAGUUGAGGACACCGACACAGCCAAUCCAAAUGAUAUUUCGUAUGUCUUCUCUGGAUAUGCUCCACUCAGCAUUCGGCUUGUCCAGCAUGCAAUAAGAUCGGGAUGGCGCCCCAUUGAGGAUGUACUAAGGUUGCUGCCCGGACCACACACUGAAAUUAAGAGAGGUGGAUUUUCCAGCAUCCCGUCAUAUGAUUCACUGUCAGGAUCUGUCAACAGCUUGGAGAAACUUGCAGAUGGACGUCGCUCUUUAGUCCUUGUAGUUUUCAUCGGUGGAGUAACAUUUGCCGAAAUCUCUGCACUUCGUUUCCUAAGCUCACAGGAAGGAAUGGCAUACGACUUGAUCAUAGGAACAACUAAAAUAGUGAAUGGAAAAACAAUGAUUGACAGUUUUGUCGACGUAUUUGGUUGACUACAAAUGGCUCGUCAAUUAUUUCAGGUUUGCCCAUCAAGUUCUUCAAUUCUUCUAAUUGCAAAAUCAUAAUCAAAAGAUUGAUGUUUUCUGAGCAUGCAUCUUGCGGCGUUUAGGUGUCAAGAUCAUAAUUUGAUAGUUUAUGCUUCGGGUUUGGCAUUGGUGAGACAAUUGUGUGCUUUUUUCUCUUCAUUUCUUGCUGCUCGUAUUUUUCUAUAAAUUCUAUUGUUAAGUAUCAGUUCCUCCCGACUUUGCAAAUAUGCUGUUAUUACCUUCGAUGUCCUUAUAAAGUUCCAUCAUUGAUAAGGCAUUUUUUUGCCAUAUCAUAUUGAUCCGAUAGGCAAAUUUAUUCCAUGUUAUAGACCAAAUCUUUAGGCCCUAAGGUGUGUAAAUGGGGACAAGGAAAUCGAAAUAUCUUCAAUUUUCUUGUU